UUUCAUUUUUUUUAUUUCAGCACCAGCCACAUUCGUAGAGAUGCCUAGGGACCGUUUUGUAACGUUUGGUUCCAAAAUCCAGAUGCGAUGUGUUGUGGCAGCAAUUCCUACCCCAACAAUACAUUGGAGCAGAAACGGUGCUGUUAUAAAAAACCCACGGAACAUGACACAAUCACGUAGCGACAGUGUCGUUUUUAUUAAUGUGAUUUGGUCGCCGAAAGUUGUCAAGUCCCUAUUACAUAUUUAUAAUGCUACCGAGGAUGCGCAAUAUGGAUGCCAUGCUUCAAACAAUCAUGUCGGAGGACCGUCUAAUAUUGUCCAUAUAGCUUCAGUAAAUAUACGGCCUUCCG